CUCGAGGACACACAUUGUACAUUACUCAUUGCAUAGAGAGAGCAGUCACUUGUAUGAUAGCUAGAUCUCAUGGAUAUGUCUCUCCACUCGCUAUUGCCUCGCCGGCCUCGCUCUUUUCCCUCUCUUUUUCCAUAGCUUCCCUCACACACGUCAUUGGGCAGUAUCCUCUACGAUCCGUCUCACUAGCUGGGACACACAUAUUUGCCCACUUCACCGUCACUAGCUCGAAAACGUGGACUUGAAUGUUGUCGAAGCAUUUCUAUGAUGGUACCUUGAAAAUCACAACGUCGUAUCCUUAAGUGGCUUCCUCGUCAGAGUUCGAUACUGGAGGAUCUACUAUUGUUACGAAUCGAAUCAUGAUUUCCCCUGGACGCUGAAGCGAGAAACAAAGAAUUUAAUCUGCGGCACACUCAAGGUGCAGUACGACCUUCAAGAGACGAUGAGAUUUCAGCCACCAAUCAAUGCGGACGACCUCAUCAGCAACAUUUACUUUGAUCUUGCCUACUCGGAUGUGGACUUUCCGACUGAACGGCGAAGCGCACAGCAUCAGACUGUGCGUAAGAUGAUGACUGCCACAAGCGCUCGGCCAGAUAAGGGAAUUUCAAUGAAUGGCCAGCCUUCACCCGACAGCCUAAGUCACUUUUUCAUUAUCUCCUUCGAGGCAUGCGAGGGUUUGCCCACCAGUGAUCCAUUCGUUCCUGAUGUGUCACUCCAUGCAGUAACUCCAGUGCCCCUUCCAAGCAUCAGUAAGAGAAAGAGCAGCAAGAUAACUGACUCUGACUCUCUCUCUAAUAAAAAGAAUUCUGUAUUCAAGUGAAA